GUAAAGUGAGGGACAAUACAUGGUUUAUUAUACAUAACUACCGUUGUGUUUGAAAUGUUAUUUUGAUGAAUUUGAAUGUAACCGAGCACAACCCUAUUGAUAUAUUCAUCGGCCAACAUGGCUGACGUACACACGAUAACAACAGAUCUGAAAGAAAAUAAACUUCAUACGGUUGUAAAUAUAUGUGGUUGUGUAGUUUCUGGCUGAUGUGGCGAUGGAAGCUAAAUAUAAAGAGCUUAUUGAACUUCAUAGACUUAAGUUUUCUGCGGUUGUGGAUGCCGAUCGUUUGUUGCCUAUUUUAGAAAUCGCAGAAACGUUGAGCAAUGCAGAAGUUACAGAAAUCAAUAAACUGACUGUCAACAAGGAAAGGGUCGACAAGAUUCUUGAUAUUUUACUGAACAAGGACAAUCUAGCAUUUAAGGGCUUAUGCUUUGCUCUAGAAAACACAUACCCUCAUCUUCUUACGGUUAUGUUCCUUGGAAAUUCUCAAAGGACAACUUCUGCUUCAGGAUCAGAUGUAAGACCAGCGUCGAUUGCCUCGGACUCGGAAGAAGAUGUGCUCAGAAGAUGCCAUAGUUCAGAUUUUAUUAGUUGCCGAAUUCCUUGGAAGGGCUUAACAUCAACAUGUGACGCCAGAUCACAGGAUCUGAAGACCUAUACACGGAAGAUCCCGUCCUGUGAGUACGAUGAUUUCCAGGACUUGGGCUCGUUGGAUGGAUCUCUGGUCGACGCCCACUUCAGUGGGGCCAAAAUCACGCACUCAGGACGAUACAAACAGGGAAUAAACGGUGAGAGUCGCCAUAGAAGUCAUAACAGAGACUAUGAUUGGCUAAAAUUUCAGUGUGAAAGGGCAAUGUCUGAACUUCAAGCAUUAAAAAUGCAGCAGUCAGAUAACACAAAACGUUAUGAUGCUGUGAUCAAAGAGUCUGACUCUUAUAGACUGAGCUACAUGUCCACACUGAGCCAGCUUCAGCAGACACGUGAGGACGCAGAGGUCAUGCGAGGUCAGAAUCGGGAUCUAGUUGCAGAAAAUAAACGCUUUGAACAGGAAGUAAAAAAUUUACGUAAACUUAGAGAAGAAGACCAGAAAGAAAUGACGGAAUUACGUAAGCAUCAGCGGGAUAUUGUAAGUAAGAGUGGUUCUAGUGAAGUGCUAAAUGCAUUGGAUAUGUAUGACAGAAUAAAGAAGGAUUAUGACUCGUUAAGGGAUCGCUACUCAGAUCUAGUCACCCAGCAUAGCUCUCUAAAAACUAAAUUUGAAAACUCCCAAGAGGAAAAUGUAAAGCUUAAAAAGCAGUUGCAGGUUGUGUGUAGUGAACGGGACUCGGCUAUUCUUGAAAGAAAUGGUUUGAAGCAGCAGUGUACUGCUGCAAUCAGGAACUGGGACCAAGUGAUACAUGAAUGCAAUGAUAUGAAAGAAAAAAUACAGAAAAUCACACAGCAAAGGGAUGAUGUGAUGAAAGAAAUGAAUCAAGCAUUAGCUGGUCAGUUGCGAGCAAAGAAGGAACUGGAACUUGUUCAGAAAGACAAGGAUGCUGUGUUCCGUGAAUAUAACCUGAUUAUGUCAGAAAGAGACCAAGUUCAUAAGGAAAUUGAACAACUGAAUGAAAGGCUGUCUCAGAAUGAAGCAAGUAUUGAAACAUUACAAAAGGACAAAAAAUCUGCUCAAGACGAGGCAGAGACUUUGAAACGUGAAAUUACAUCGGCACUUCAAGACCGGGACAAGUCAGUGAAGGAAAGAAAUGAGCUCAGUGAGAAGUGUAAUGAGCUCCUCAGUAAACAGAGUGCCAUUGAGAAGCAGAGGGAGGAAUACAAGAAGGAAGUUGAGAUGUCAAUCCAGCAGAGAGAUAUUGCACGUAAAGAGAGACAAGAAGCAAUGCAGGACAGAGACAGAAUUCUUAGAGAAAAAUAUGAACGUGAACAGUUUCAGAAGGAGAAUGCAGACAAGAUGGACCAAUACAAUCGCGAAACGGAGCAAUUAAAAUUGAGAAUUGAAAAGCUGAACCAGCAAUUGCAAGAUGGCGUACAUGAAGCUGAAAUAGCCAAAAAUCGUCGAGACUGGGCAAUGAGCGAGCGUGACAAGAUUGUGCAGGAGCGCGACAGCAUGCGCACCCUGUGUGACAGCCUACGCCGUGACAGGGACCGCGCCGUGAGCGACCUUGCACAGUCUAUACGUGACUUUGAUGAGAUGAAAAAACAAAAACAUGAAGCUGUCAGAGAGCUGAAAGAGUACAGGGACAAGUAUGAGCUGGUGAAUGAGAAGGAGUCCAGGAAGAGUCAGCUCAACUCUGUUGUUUUUUGUAGGGACAAGUAUGAGCUGGUGAAUGAGAAGGAGUCCAGGAAGAGUCAGCUCAACUCUGUCGCACACAACCACAGUCGAGACUCCGCUAUCGACGCUGAUAUGCAGGAGUUUGAAACAGAAACUCUCGAAAUUGAACUGUCUGGUCUGAACAAAGAAGAUGUUGGUUUUGAACUGGUGGGAGGCAAAGAUGACCCCCAGUACCCCAACGACAACUCUCUGUUUGUCAGUCAUGUGGUCAAGGGCAGUCCUGCAGAGAAUAAGCUCAGAUUGAAUGACCAAGUUCUGCGCAUAAACAACAAGGACGUUUGCAAUGUAGAGAAAAGGUUUGCAUAUAACCUUCUGCGAAACAGGUCUGGAACUGUUGCUAUGCAGGUGAUGCGGCGGAGGAAGAUCUCUCCAUCGCGGUCCUGGCAGGCCAUCCAGCUAAGCAUUCCCCCUGGAAAAGAUAUUGGCAUUCAGCUAGAGAAUGGGCUGUAUGUAACCAGGGUGAAUCCAGGCUCCUAUGCUGCCAAGGAGGGGCUCAUAACCGUGGGUGACCGCAUCAUAAGUGUGAAUGGUCGCAGUGUUGAGAACAUGAGCCCAGAGGAUCUACAGAAGACCCUGUUCCAGUGUGGGGGAGACACCAUCCUGCUGGACGUGUGGCGCCAGACCACACCCCUCAGCUCGGCUGGCUCCUCCCCCAUACCCCUUGGAGCCCCUCUCCAGGAACCCCUUCUCUGCCCCUCCUCCAAGUCAGACCCCUCCAAGCGUUGGGACUCAGCCAGUGAAGGCAGCAAGGGCAGCUUGCGUAAUAUCAAGAGCAGUGGGUCCCAGACAGACAGUCUUGACAGUCCCAGUGUGAUGCGCAGGGGUAAAGAACGAAAACAGUCCGAUAAGGAUUCAGACCAUAAGGCGAGACAUAGUGUGCACAUCUUUGAUAAAGCAUUAGAAACUGUGGACAAAAUAUUCAAGUCAAGGAAUAAGUCCACUGAGAGAAUUGAGAUUGAUAAAGGGACACUCACACCAAGUCGACCAAGAACUAUGAUAGAAAACAGUGUGGAUAUUGUUGAAUUCGCCUUUCCAAUGCAUACUCGAGAAAACUCAAAUGCCUCAUCAACAACAAGAAAUUCUGGACGACCAAAUGAGGAAGUGCUUGAAAAUGUGGACCAAGAAAUGAGUAACACAGGCACAUGGCCAAAGUGUUAUCGCUUUUCAAAUGCAACAGUUAAUGGGACUGUGAUACAGACUCAGAAAAACCAUCACAAACGCCCAAGCAUAGAGGCUGUGAUAGAUCGUACUGGGGACCAAGGCUUUCGAGUACCGCCCUUGCCACCCGAACGCAAGAACUCUUCAUUUGUGGCUGCCAGACACACGCCCCAGAAUUCUGACUCCACCAUCACCUACAGCUCCCAUCCACCCUCUCCCUCACUAUCCCCCCAGCCCAGUAAUGCGAGUUCCAGUGUUGCAUAUUUUCCCAAAUCUCCAGCUAUUCCGCGGCACACGUUCAUUCACCAGCACCAGGACAGCAUCAACACUCCCCCUCCUAGUCAAAGCUACCAUUCUCCCCCUGGGGCUCAUACCCCCCAUCAGGCACACAAGCCAACCAGACUUACUGGUAACCUUAAAAGUCCUCCACGCAUUCCACAAGUGUCCACCAACCAAUAUGACUUAAAAAGUUCGAGCAAUCAUGCCAAUAGAAUGCGUCCCCCCAGUGGGGUGUCAGUUGAGCAGAAGAGUUUGCACUCCAAUGUGGUCUACAUAUCGCCGACAAGCCACAAUCCACCAUCACAUAUAGGAAGUCGAAACAGCACUCCUGAACCUUACUCACCCACCAAACCUAUCGAGUUUAUAGAUCGACCAAUAGGACGCCAUUAUGCUAUGCCCAACUCAUACAGCAGUAACUCGCUGCCGACCCCGUCUCAACCAGUGGUUGCCCGGCAACAUGACAACGUGCACCACGCCACCACCACGGUCCUGCCGCCCAGGUUUAAUCCUCAUGCAGCAUUCCUCCCGGAUAGCAUCGAUCUGGAGAACCUGCCGCCGUACCCCAGCGGCAUGUCAGAGGUCAGCUCCCCAAGCCCCAGCCUGAUCUCCGAGGUGAGCCGCUUCACGCCCAACCACAUGGAGUACCCGUACCCUUCGUACCCAUACUACCAGGAACACCGCUACCGCAAUCCAUCCAUACCCAGUGUCAAUGUCAGCAUCAACGAUACAUCUGGAUCUAUUGUGUCAGAUGGUGACCUGGAGAGCAUGUGCAGUCCAUUCCAAGAGAUGCACAAGAUGUUGCCCCAAUCUUCACUGCCUUUGGACCAUUCUCUGCCAAGAAGAAAACCUUCCAAGCCCAAGCUGCAUGAGACGCGUACGAUCAGUUUUGAGAAGACCUUGAAACCAGUCGGUUUCCAGAUAGAGAUGGGACCAGUCAGUGGGGGGAUAUUUGUGCGCUCUGUCAACGAGAAUAGCCAGGCAGCCAUGGAGGGGCUCGUAGUCGGGGACCAGCUAUUGGAGAUCUGUGCUAUCAACAUGCGUAAUGCCACCUAUGACUUGGCAGCCAGGGUCUUGCAGCAGUGUGGAAGUAACCUGACAAUGUUGGUGCAGUAUAACCCUGAAAAGUAUUUAGGUGGCAACUACAAUGAGACAUCUGCCCCUAGUUCCCCAGAACAGCCGCCCAAAGUCCAGGACCACAACAACCCACGUGUCAGGCUCCCAGCUAGGGACAGCACUCGCGGGUCGAUAGGAAAAUACGACGCUCAGCGCAAUGUGUCUUUCAAGAAGCCCAACCCCACUGCCAGCCUGGGGCUCUCUCUCGCCGGGGGCAACGCUACGGGAAUCUUCAUCCAGAACAUUGAGGAGAAUAGCCCCGCACAUAACCAGAAUGUCCUCGCAGGGGACCAAAUACUGGAGUUCAAUGGAAUUGAUUUCACACGUGCUACUGCUGAGCAGGCUUACAGACAUCUGCACGAGCCAUGUGCGUCCGUCCGUUUGCGGCUGAGAUACCACCCAUCUUUGUACAGCAAGGUGAGGGACAUGAAGCGUGGUGACUCACUGUAUGUGCGGGCCAUGAUAGACCACGUGGCAGACAAGGACGGGGAGCUGAGUUUCCGAAGGGAUGACCUGCUGCACAUUGAGGACACCAUGUACGGGGGCCAGCAGGGGGUCUGGUACGCCUGGAUCAUCAGUGACACUGGAGAGAAGAUCAAGGGCGGAACUAUUCCCAGCAAAGACAGGCUGGAAGAUGACAUUUCUCUGCACAUGUCAGAAAGUAUGAGUCUGCCAGACUCGGAUGAGUUCAAAACCCGCCGUGGCUCUGGUUCGGCGAGACGUAGCUUUUGGAGGCGGAACAAAAAACACCAGCGUAAUAAUUCCAAAGACAGCCGUGACUUUAACUCGUGCUCCGAUGCAUCAUUGAACAGUGACUCUUUACCAGUUCUGGAUGAUUCCAGCACAUAUCUAAGUGUAGAGAGGCUAGAAUACAAGAAGACGCGUCCAGUAGUUCUUAUUGCCCCGCUGGCUGAUGCUCUCAUCCAGAAAUUGUCCUCAGAAUCUCCUGAUAAAUAUUUCUACUGUCAGGCCACUGUGAUGCAGACGUCUCAAAGUGAAAUGCUAGAUGGCCUGAAGGAUGGACGCUACAUCGACUUCUGGCAGCAGGAGGAUAGGUUCCACUGUAUACGCCUCAAGUCUGUCACUGACAUCUGUGAUCAGAAGAUUCAUUGCCUGUUAAACGUGAAUCCAGCGGCCAUAGAGAGGCUACAGAGGCAGCAGAUUUACCCCAUUGUCAUAUACGCCAGACACAAAUCUUAUAAAUCUCUAAGGGAGAUCAAAGACGUGCAAUUCCUGCCAGAGAAGCUCACAAUUAAGGCAUCUAAAGAGCUCUACGAGUAUUUCUUGAAGGCAGAACAGGACUACAGGCAUCUCAUUUCUGCUACCAUCCAAGGGGGCAACCUGGCUGAGAUGGCCCAGCAGAUCAAGAAUGUGAUAGCCUCGGAGCAGGAGAAGCCUAUCUGGGUCCCCUCCUCCACCCUGAGAUGACACACACACAGCUACCACUACGUUGGGACAUACACAGAUCCUUAAUGCCACAUGCAGACAUUGACAUAGCACACACAUGCCCGACAGACCAAGGACUUAUAUGAUCCUCAUGCUGGGAAAACUGUGCUAAAUGCUUGUGCGUUAAGUGUCGUCCCAGAAUGUUGUCCAGUAUGCAAAGGCCAAUCAGGGGCGAUACUUCCCACCUUUUAUGGAAAUGUUCAAUUAAAGGUGGACUCUCUUGAACAAAAAUCCAGUGAAUGUGAAAUGUCAUCCUGAUUAGCCUGUGCAGACUGCAAAGGCUAAUAUGGGAUUACACUUAACACACAAGAAUUAAGCCCGGUUUUCUCAGAACAAAGCUCGUGUGGCUACUAGACAUUGGCCUAAUAACACUGCUGAUGGUCAUUGCUUGAGCAUGCACACAGCCAAUUAUCAUUGGCUAGGCACAUUUGGUGGACAUUCCAAGUUACAGACUUCCAUCAAUCCACAUAUAUUUCUGAAAUGUGAAGAAAUUGUUUUGAUAAGUUAAAUGAUAUUUGUAUAUGAUGGAUUAAACUUUGCUUGCUUCAUGUGCUGGGAUGAAUAUAACUCUUAGAUAUAUUAUUAGCCCAUCUGAGCACCAAGUGCUCAAGAUGAACCGUUGUGAGGGUUGGCAUCAAAUGUUGUCAACGUUUAGCUAGUUACCACUUUAGAGGCCACUUUUGGUUCCUAUCUUGAUCUAGGUCAGAAUGUUUAUCUUAACAAUAUGUGUCUUGUUCUGUGAAAACUGGGCAUAAUGCAUGUGUGUAAAGUGUCCCAGAUUAGCCUGUGCAGUACGCACAGGCUAAUCAGGGACGACACUUUCCACUUCAAUGGUAUUUUUCGUUUAAAGGAAGUCCAUUUGUACUGAAAAUCAAGUUUAAGCGGAAAGUGUCGUCCCUGAUUAGUCUGUGCGGACUGCACAGGCCAAUCUGGGAUAACACUUUACGCACAUGUAUUAUGCCCAGUUUUCUCAGAACACGACUCGUAUGUAGUCCAAGUACAAAUAUGGGUCAUGUGUGUCCAAAAACAAGGUGACCUGGUCAAAUUAUAAAAAAGCCUUGUUACAACUCUAGAAGACUCAUUUACAAUUUAUUAUUGAUGACAAUAUGUGAGAAUGUUUAUCUUGAGUACUGGGUACAUCCAACUAUUCUUAUUUGUUUCAAGUGUGUCCAAAAACUAUGGCAACAGGUAAAGUAUUGAAAAAACCUUUGCAUCAUUUAAGUUUUUGCUUCUAACUAGCUCAUGGGUAAGAUUGUUUAUCUUUACAAUGUUUGUAAAUGCUACAAUGCUAAGUUUAAAAUCUGGGUUAGCUGUUUCCAAAAGCUAGAUCCUUGGGUCAAAUCUCAGAAAACCCUCUUUAUCACUUUAGAAACCACAUUUACGAGUAAAUCUUGAUGAAUCAUGGUCAGAAUGUUUUCUUGACAAUAUCAAUGCUUAAUUUAAAAAUCUGGGUGAAGUGUUCCCAAAAACUAGGUACCGGUAAUUAGGCCAAACCUUUGAAAAACUUUGUAUUAUCACUCUGGAAGCCAUAUUUAUGACUCAAUCUUUAUGAAAAUGUGUCAGAAUGUUCACCUUGACAACAUCAAGACAAGGUUUGAAUCUGGGUAAAUUGUGUUUGAAACUAGGUUUCCAGGUCAAAUCCCCAAAAACCAAAUUGUUACCACUUUGGAAACCAUAUUUAUGCAGAUUCAAUAUUGAUAAAUCUUGGUCAGAGUGUUCAUCUUGAAAAUAUCCAAUUCAAGUUUGAAUAUUUGUAAAAUGGGGUAAAAAAAUAAGCCAUUCGUUCAAUCAUAUUCUAACCUAUCUAGAUGCCACUUAUGACUCAGUCUCAAUGAAAUCUGGUGAUAAUGUAAAUCUUGACAAAAUCUUGGCCAAGUUUAAAUCCCAAAUCGAUUACGUUACGGCCAUCAUUGUCCCUUUUUAAUGGUUUACAUAGUGCUAACGGAAAAGCCAUAAACGGUAUUUAAAAAAGAUUUUAACAGUAAAAGAACAAUAUUGCUAGGUUGUGAUUAAGAUGUAUUAUGUAUUAAUUGUAGUGUUUUGUUUACAUUGCAGUAAGUGUCUUUGGUUAUGGGCCAAGCUUUUUAGAUCUUUCCCCAUUCAAAUAUUUAUUUUUUUGCUUAUGUAUAUAUACCCAGACCAACACAUCAAUUCAAGUAACAUGUUACACUUUAUUCUACAUUUCUUGACUAGUUUUGGGUAGGAUUGCUUCGCAAAUGUUGACCUAUAAACAUGUUUUCAUUGUUUAAGUAUAUUUUUAUGUUAAAGUGAUUGUUAAAUUUCUGUUCUGAUACACUUGCACAAAAUUGAUUGUAUUGAUUGAUACAACUCUUAACUGUUAAAUGUGGUACAAAAAUUCAACAAGAAGCAUGACAUGACUUGCUUUAGAAACAGAUGAAGCAAAUGAUGCAGUUCAGGUUGUGCAAGUGCUAAGCUGGGUCAGGUGUUUACUCCUGCACAUCUACAAUGAAGCAUGUUUGUAUUUCUGGGAAAUAUGUUGCUAUGAGACAAACUCCGAUGUGAUGUGUUGAAUGAGGAAUUCACAGCAUCAUGUGGCUGUGUAAAUUAAAUAUUGAACAAUGCAUUUACUUACUUUUGUUAUAAUGCAAGUAGAUAAACCCAAUAUGAGGGGGGGUAUAAUGAAGGUAUUUCACCGAUAUUGAUGAACAUGUGUAAACAAGCAACGCAUAUUCCCUAUUUUAAAGCAUAUUUUCUCUAGUGGCAAUGUUAAAUUGAUGAAAUCCUUACAAAAUAUGUAUACAUUAACAAAGAGAUAGUUAUUAAAUAAUAUUUGGCUAUCAUAUUUUUUUGUUGACUAACCCAUGGUAAGGAAUAUAGAUGUGCAUGAAUUAAAUCAG